AUGGGUUGUGCUCAGGAAAAAGCCACACGAAGCCACAGGGAGAGCCGCGGGAGCCAAGGUGCUGGUGGCUGGAACGGGGAUGGAUGGUGGAUGAAGCAGCCAGGACCAGCCCGGCACGUCAAGCUGGCCCAUCACGAGGGCUCUGCAGACUUGGGAGGUGGAGGAGAGGCCCUAGACUGGUACCCCUCCGCUCCCGCGCCCCUGCGCCGCAGCCUCCGGGCUGUAGGGGCCGCUGCGGCGCCGAGCUUGCCGAGCGCGCUGGGCCGCUCUCUCCUGCAGGGAGAGACGAGGCGCAGGAGGAGAGGCGGAGCGCAGCGGGCGCGGAGCGGAGGUGACCCAGCGGCAGAUAUUGGGACAGAUAUUCUGAAUAAAGGAGAGCAGUUUCAAGAAGCUUUACUCAAAGAACGUAUUGCAAAAGCAGAAGCUGCCGUAUGGGCUAAGGCAGAUGAACGCCAAAGAGAAGCAGUGAAGAAAGCCCUUGAAGAAGCAAAUGACAUGCACAAAAUGAAAAUCCAGAUUCUGAAAGAGGAACAUCAAAAAGAUUUACAGGAAAUGGUAUCUAAGACCAAGAUGGAGUUGCAUCAAAACAUGGAGCAAGAACUGCAGCGAGAACGCCUGGCUGCCGAGCAACGCAUGGUCCGCAGGAUCCAGAGGAUCAUGAUGGAGUGCCACCAGGAGAAAGUCAAGGCUGUGGAGGAAGCCCGGGCCCAGGAGAGGCACAUAGCCCAGGAGGAGAUCCAGGCCCAGAGAAGAAAGGCCAUGGAGGAACUUUUGAGAGCUGGUGUCACAGUUAUGAAGGAUCAAGAGAACAGUGUGAGCCAACUGAUAAAGGAAAAAGAACAUAAAAUGAGCGUCUACUAUUGCAUGGCUCAGAAACAGAAGCAAGAAGAGGUUCAGAAAGUGCUUCAAGAAGCGGAGAAAACACAUCAGGCCACGCUUAGAAAUGUGAUGGACAAACUGCUUAACACUCAGCGGGAGCUGCUGUCUAUGGCGAAGCAACUGGAAAUCAUGACAAAUUGGAAAGAUUUCCUGGAGGAGGAGUUACAGGAAACCAGGGUAGCGUUUCAAAAAUACAUCAAUUAUACGUUUCCGCAGCUCUCACCGGGACAUGCAGAUUUUAUUCUGCCAGAAAGAAAGAAAAUGCCUUCCGGUCUUAUUACUCUGGAGAGCCAAGCAACUCUUGAUUCGAAGUCUUCAUCUGAAAUGGCACUACAAAAGACAUUGUUCUAAAGACUAAAUAAAUCCACUCAAAAACCAUUUAUUGAUCCCCGGUUAUGUGCAGCGGACUAGUGAGCUGUGAGCAUUUUGAUGGAAAACCAAAAUAUGCAAAAGCACAUUCCAGGCUACGAUGAGGUUCCAAGUCUGAUGGAGGAGAGAUAACAGUGAGAGGGGUCAAAACUGACUAGGAGGGAAAAAGAUUUCUUGGAAGAAGUCUAAACAUACUUCUGUAUCUGGCUUUACUCACGUUUACAUCAGACAUUUAACUAUUUUAGUAUUUGUUGCAGUUAAAAAACAGUAAAGGGACAUGUUCUUAGAUGGUUUCCGUUGUGGAGAGGUGUGUCUAGUAAUCCAGUAUGUCUAGUAAUCUAGUCUAAAGAUUAUUAUUUUGUGAACUGCAAUAGCUUUGUAGGAAAAAAAAGCAGUGUUUCUCAGAUUCAAUAGGAUAAAACUUAAAUUCUGGGAAGCCUAUAUAAAAUAAUUCAGAAAGGACUCUCUUAUAUUUGCCAUUUGUGAAAGAAAAAUAUGUCUUUAGAGGUCAGAUUCCUUGCCUCAGGGAUGGGGAGUCCCCUUAUGUUUAUACCCAAGCCCAGGAGUGCUUGGAACUCAUCUCCUUUAGGUCAAAAUGCAGAAAAGCAUUCUGUACCGCAAUGCUCAGGACCAACAAAUGUCAACAUCUACUGAAUUAAACUGGAAGAAAACCCAAGCCAUAAAGACUGCUCCAAAAAAAUCUAUCCACUUUAAUGUAGCAUCCUUAAAUUAUUAAUCACCAACUUAUAUUGGUGGCUUUAAAAUUAAGUACCUGGAAAGCCGUUUUCAGUAAAUUAAAAAGUGCUAUCGUCAAGCAGGCCUUAGGUGGGUUUGUUUACAUUGACUGGUCUGGGAUUUCCUAAUGAUAAAAGUAGUGAUGUGUUUACAACUGCAAAGUGGACUACACUCUCCUAGUGCUUAGCUUCCUGAUUCUGCAGGACUACUGCGGUCCAUACUAAUCGAUUGCCUAGGGGCUGGAAGUCAGAACAUUUAUACAGUACUUUACACUGCCUUUUCCAGCACGUUCUUCUCAUAGCAGUCAAUGGGAUAGGCAGGACAGGGGUGGUGGUUAGCCCAUUUUGACAAAUGAUAACAUGAAAACUACUAUGUACGUAUUUACAUGCGUGAAGUACUUUUUUUAAGUUGAAGUAUAGUUGAUUUACAAUAUUGUGUUAGUUUCAGGUAUACAGCAAAGUGAUUCAGUUAUAUAUAUAUAUUUUUUCAGAUUAUUUUCCAUUAUAGGUUUUUACAAGAUAUUGAAUACAGUUCCCUGAGCUAUAUGGUAAUUCCUUAUUGUUUAUUUUAUAUACAGUAGUGUGUAUAUGUUAAUCCCAUACUCCUAAUUUAUCCCUCCCCCCACCUCUUUCCCCUUUGGUAACCAUAAGUUUGUUUUCUAUGUGAGUCUGUUUCUGUUUUGUAUAUAGCUUCAUUUGUAUUAUUUUUUAGAUUCCACAUAUAAGUGAUAUCAUAUAAUAUUUGUCUUUCUCUGUCUGACUUACUUCACUCAGUGUGAUAUUCUCUAGGUCCAUCCAUGUUGCUGCAAAUGGCAAUAUUUCAUUCUUUUUAUGGCUGAGUAAUAUUCCAUUGUGUAUAUACCACAUCUUCUUAAACCAAUUGUCUGUUGAUGGGCACUUGGGUUGUUUCCAUGUCUUGGCUAUUGUAAAUAGUGCUGCAGUGAACAUUGGGAUGCAUGUAUCUUUUCAAAUUAGGCUUUUCAUCUUUUCCAGUUAUAUGCCCAGGAGUGGAAUUGCUGGAUCAUAUGGUGAUUGUAUUUUUAGUUUUUUAAGGAACCUCCAUACUGUUUCCAUAGUGGCUGCAUCAAUUUACAUUCCCGACAGUGUAGGAGGGUUUCCUUUUCUCUACAUGGGAAGCACUUUAAAAACCUUAAUAUUUAAUCCUCACAAUGACUUUUGAAAGUAAUUAUAACUGCCCCCAAUUUAUAGGGAGGGAAACCAAGACUCAGGGAGAUUAAGUAACUCUCUCCAGGGCGCGCAGCUAGUGACAGAGAGGGAAUUCAAAAUAUCAUAAGGCACAGGCAGAUGGUUCCAUGAGGGAGACCUGGGUUUUGCAGACUUGAAUAGAUAAGAACAGCAGCUGGCACUGGGGAGUGCUAGCAUGUGCCAGCCAUGCGUGCACAAGUGGACUCAUUCAUGCCCGCAGCAGGCUGUGAAAGGUAGGAACCAUUAACACAGGCACAGGCAGGUCAAGUCACUCUCUCAACGUCAUACAGCGAGGAAGGGUCAGAGCCAUUUUCAAAUCCACAGAGUCAGUCUUCAGCCCACGCCUUCCGUCGUUAUUUUUGUUCAGAUGUAAAGGCCUUGGUGCCUGGUUGGUUGACUCUGCAGGUGUGUGUCUUCGUGGCUUCUCUAAUGAGGACUGGAAGGACGUGGUCUGUCCUCUAUGUCGGGCAUCGUUUUUGUCCCUUCUAGAAGUGAAAGGAAGUUGUACCUAGGAUUGUGUGUCUGAGUUAUUGGAGUCAUUCACCAGAUUCGCAGCUGAGCACAAGGAAGGAAAGCAGAAGGAAAGCAUCUUCUGAAGACAUUCACUUCAUGGCCACAGUGAAGGUGUGUCUUUUGGUAUCAGUGAUACAGUGCGUAACAUAAAAAGAAAGCAGGCGACUUACUUUUGGUUUGGAAAAAGGAAUCUAGUUUCUCAGGCUUCAACCAGAUUGGAAUAAAUUAUCCGUGUUUUUAGUGUUUUCCUUGUUUAUAUUGAUACUUCACCCUCAGCUCCCACCCCAAUCCCAACCGUUAGCUCCCUUAGGGUUUUUAAAGUAAUGUGGAUGCUUCCAAUAAGGGCAGAGUUAGAGAUCUUGUUACUGUCCUGAUCCCAGCUUGACCUGCCCACCAGAGGACUCCUCCCUCCGCUUCCCCACAGUGCUAUUCAGCCCUCCUGUCGUAGGGGUGAUCACAGGGGGUUCUGUCAGGUCAGAUUGACCUGAUCCCAGAACCCCACUUGCUUUUCGCCUUAGAGCCUGGAGUCAGCACGAACCACGGAGGGGAGGGGACCUCUUCUGUCCUCUGUUCUCAUUCUGCUCUGCCUGCCCCAAGGCCAAUUUGAAGAAACGGUAUCUUUACUCUUACCCAAAUCCUUCACCUUGAUCACUUCAAGGCACAGUUCUUUCUAGCUUGAAUGUCUCCAAGAUGAUAUACCCCUGAGAAUUAAAGUUCAAAGUGAAUGGCUAAUCUGCUCUAAAGGGCAGAAAAAGCUGAUAGUAAACUAAAAAUGAGACCUCCCUCGUAUUUCCACAAUCCCAUCUACGGAACCUCUCAGCAGUUUCUUUUA